AUCCAGUGCUCAGCCACUCCGGACUCGCCUGGCAAAGGGGCUCCCUGACUCUGACAAGUUCCCUUCAAGUUACUCAUCUUCUCCAGCUUUGAAUUUCUGUCUCCAGGCAGUUUGCACCAGUGAGUGAAUUAAAAGCACAUCGUUCCCUGGUGAACCGCCAUGAGCUCCUCCCGGUUAAACAACAGAGCUGAGAGCCACUUUCGAGCCCAGGAGGAGCACGAGCUAGAGACCCUGGGGAAGAAAGCGUGGGACAAUCCUGUUUACAAUGGCUCCCCCUCUGCCUCUCUGAAGAUCCGAGCCAUCUACAACCCCAAAGCCAUUCUGGAGAACCCCUAUGAGAACAUUGAGAAGCUGGGGGACUCCCUUCCCUACCAAGAAGAGAGGAAAAAGGCGGAGGAUGUGAAGAAGAAACCCUUGCCCAAGUGCUGCUUCUGUGUCUUCAAAUGCAUCCGAGGCCUCUGGGGGACAACUCUGACUGAGAAUACUGCUGAAGACCGAGAGCUGUAUGUAAAGACCACGCUGCGAGAGCUGCUUGUUUAUGUCAUCUUCUUGGUGGAUAUCUGCCUACUGACUUAUGGAAUGACCAGUACAAAUGCCUAUUACUACACCAAAGUGAUGUCCGACCUCUUCCUGCACACCCCUUCAGACAGUGGGGUCUCCUUCCAGUCCAUUGGGAGCAUGGCUGAGUUCUGGGGGUAUGCCCAAGGCCCAUUGCUGGAUAGCUUGUACUGGACCAAAUGGUACAACAAUGAGUCACUAGCUCACAACACCCAGUCCUACAUCUACUAUGAGAAUCUGCUGCUCGGUGUCCCACGUCUGCGCCAGCUGAAGGUGAAGAACAACUCAUGUGUGGUGCAUGACAACUUUAAGGAGGACAUUUCAGGUUGCUACGAUGUGUACUCUGAGGACAAGGAGGAAAGAGUUUCCUUCGGGCUCAUCAAUGGAACUGCGUGGAAGUACCAUUCUGAGGAAGAACUGGGCGGCUCGUCCCACUGGGGUCGACUAACCAGCUAUAGUGGGGGAGGAUAUUACAUAGACCUCAAGAUGACCCGGGAGGAGAGUGCGGAAGCCCUGCAAGUCCUGAAGGAGAAGUUGUGGCUGGACCGGGGCACCCGGGUGGUCUUCAUUGACUUCUCAGUGUAUAAUGCAAACAUCAACCUGUUCUGCGUGCUGAGGUUAGUAGUUGAAUUUCCAGCCACCGGUGGUGCAAUCCCUUCCUGGCAAAUCCGCACGGUGAAGCUCAUCCGAUAUGUCAGCACCUGGGACUUCUUCAUUGUGGCCUGUGAGAUCAUUUUCUGCAUCUUCAUCUUCUACUAUGUGGUGGAGGAGAUUCUGGAGCUGCGCAUCCACAGGCUCAAGUACUUCACCAGUGUCUGGAACAUCCUGGAUGUGGUGGUCAUACUGCUGUCCAUCGUUGCCAUUGUGUUCCACAUCUUUCGCACCAUCGAGGUGAACAGGCUGAUGGGAGAGCUGCUGAGGCACCCUGACAUCUAUGCAGACUUUGAGUUCCUGGCUUUCUGGCAGACUCAGUACAACAACAUGAAUGCAGUCAACCUGUUCUUUGCCUGGAUUAAGAUAUUCAAGUACAUUAGCUUUAACAAAACAAUGACCCAGCUUUCCUCCACGCUGGCUCGCUGUGCCAAGGACAUCCUGGGUUUUGCCAUUAUGUUCUUCAUUGUGUUCUUUGCCUACGCCCAGCUGGGGUACCUUCUCUUUGGGACGCAAGUGGAAAACUUUAGCACCUUUAUUAAAUGCAUCUUCACCCAGUUUCGGAUCAUACUUGGCGACUUUGACUACAAUGCCAUCGACAAUGCCAACAGGGUGCUGGGGCCCAUUUACUUCGUCACCUAUGUCUUCUUCGUUUUCUUUGUGCUGCUGAACAUGUUCCUGGCCAUCAUCAACGACACCUACUCAGAAGUCAAGGAGGAGCUUUCAAACCAGAAGAACGAGCUGCAGCUCUCAGACAUCCUGAAGCAGGGCUACCACAAGACGCUGAUGAGGCUGAAGUUGAAGAAAGAGCGGAUUUCGGACGUUCAGAAGGCUCUCCAGAACGGGACAAAGGAGCUAGAGUUUGAGGAUUUUAAGAACAGUUUGAAAGAGCUGGGUCAUGCCGAGCAUGAGAUCACAGCAGCCUUUUCCAGAUUUGACAAAGACGGUAACCAGAUCCUUGAUGAAGAGGAACAGAAGCGAAUGAGGCAUGACCUAGAGGAGAAAAGGGUCGCUUUGAAUGCAGAGAUUGAAAACUUGGGCAAAUCCUACGGUGAUAACAAACUGGAUGAGAAUCUGACCUUUGCGGAUGCAAAGAACAAUCACGCCAAUAAGUCCACCUGGGUGUCUGAGGAAGAAUUCCAAAUCCUUCUGCGACGGGUCCUGCAGCUGGAGCACUCCAUCGGCAGCAUCGUGUCCAAGAUCGACUCAGUGGUGAGCAAGCUGGAGGCACUGGAGAGAAACAAACUGCAGAGGAAAGACCUGGUGGGCAAGCUGCUUGACAACAUCAGCAAGGAGGAACAGCCCAGCCAGGAAGAACUGCUCCAGCGGAACCUAGACCCACUGGUGAAGGAAAACCAAGAAGGCUGGCAGACAAAGCACAUGCUGGGAAGCAACCUCAAUGGGAGCUCUCCCCAAAAUGGUAACAGUAUCUACCCCAACCUGCCCAAGUCGGGGUUACCGGGCUCUCAGGCGCCCAAGAACACCCAGCCUCAGUCUAACGUGCACUUCUGACACCCAUCGGAGUGCUCCCAUCCCACCUUGGAUCCCAGGGUACUAAGUCAGUCUCAGCUGAUUCCCUGUUGUUAGACUAGCCACGAAAAAGACAGACUAUAACAGAGAUGUCUGUCUCAGCUGAUGCGGUGCAGAAUCAUGGAUGUUAUUAUUUUGUAUUUGCAAGUUGUGUAACACCAUAGAUCUAGAACUCCAGGUUCAAACACCUCUGGGCUUCAAGGAAGUGUUCAGACCUGGAUCCAGACUGUGUUGCUGGCUCCUAUAUCUCUAAAUGGGCUAACCUUGUCCUAUCCUUCCCCCCUCCCC